AUGUUUACCGGACAAGUGUACCGCACCGUGCAAUUGGUCGAAAAAACAAAAUACGGGAAAAAAAUAGCGCCUCAUCGUGUCGACGCAAUCGAUGAUAAUAAAGGCUCAAAGCGUCUCUAUGCUUUCGAUAAAAAAUCGCGUUUAAAUUUUCUAAUUGACACCGGGUCAGAUAUUUCGUUGAUCCCUCAUGUAGGAAAACCGGAUACACCCCCGUCAGAUAUCACGCUUUUUGCGGCAAAUAAUACUCGUAUUGCGACAUAUGGCAAUAAACAUUUAAAUUUAAAUCUUGGAUUGCGCUGGGACCUGAACUGGAAAUUUUUAGUAGCCGAUGUUCCGUAUCCAAUAAUAGGAGCGGACCUCCUAUCGCAUUAUGGAAUAUUAGUCGAUUUAAAAGAACGGAAAAUAAUAGACUCUCUAACGAAUUUGCGAGUUAAUGGAGUUUUAAAAUGCGCAGAAAUAUGUAGCAUCAGUGUAAUUGAUCGCACGUCGGAAAACGCGAAGUUAUUGGAAGAAUUCCCUGAAAUAACCAAAUUGCAACAAUCGACAAAUACGUCGAUCCGCGACACGGUUCAUUAUAUAGUAACGAAAGGACAACCGAUAGCACAAAGGCGCGACGUUUAG